AUGACGUCUGACGACUUGACAAUUGCUCGGCAGCUAUCAGCAGCUGAAAUCUGCUCUGUCAAGAUCCAUCAGCUAGACCAACUUCUCUUCGACGAUAUCGACAUAUUGGGCUCUCGGGCCUUCAGUCAAUCCAAUGUCGACCGCCUUCUGCAUCGCUUUGACUAUGAAGGCUGUCGUAGGUUAGAUCCACUUACUUGGAUUCCCUGUGAGAUAAGACUCUCAGAACUCCAGCCGUUAGUUCCCAAGUUAAGCCGCGGUGACCCAAAAGAAAUUAUCCUGCCAGACGAGUGGAACUUGCAUUGCUUCCAAGGAAAGCAUCGGAUUGCUGCUGCUCGUGAAUGGUUAGCACCUAGUGAUACGUGGUGGAUUUUUAACCUCUACGACACCGAAAAGCUGAGUGAAGAUUGCCGAAGGAGACUGCGAGAAUGUGACUCCAGAUCGCAUACUUUCAGUGAUGGAGAGAUAUUCCGGAGCAUCCGCCAUUACCAGCAAAGGGGUGAGACAGAUGCUGCUAAAGAAUGGCUUGCAAGAUGGUCGCCGACUAAAUGCAGCGAAUUUAAUCGAAUCUAUGACCCGAAGGGGAAAAGCCAAGAUGAAUUCCGUUGUCUGGGAAGGAGGCUGGAUGCGCUUCUCUGUUUUCCCGCUUUAUGGACUCCGUGGCAUAUGGGAACCCAUCUCCCGAGUCUAAAAUGUCCAGAGGAGCUCUCAGAUUUCUUAGCAGAGAUUCACUCCGUAUGGCAAUCUUUCACUUGCCAAAAUCCACAGUUUCUUGACCCCUCAGCUCUUGCAAUGCUAGAAGGACGCUGUCCUCGUCUGUCAAUGGCAGACUACCGAUAUAUAAAAAAUGCUUUCUAA